AUGGCUACCAACAUCACCACUACUUCACCCUACAUGCCCAACUUUAUGCUCAUCCGAUCCCUGUCCAUCGUACUGCUCUCGCUGGCCCUGGUCUUGGGACUUCCUGGAAACAGCUUUGUGGUAUGGAGCAUCUUGACCCAAAUGCGACGUCGCUCUGUCACUGCCCUUUUGGUCCUGAACCUGGCACUGGCUGAUCUGGCGGUGCUGCUCACGGCGCCUUUUUUCCUCCACUUUCUGGCCCGUGGCUUCUGGUCCUUUGGUCUGACUGGAUGCCGCCUCUGCCACUACAUCUGCGGAGUCAGCAUGUAUGCCAGCAUCCUCUUCAUCACAAUCAUGAGUCUCGAUCGAUCCCUGGCCGUGGCUCGCCCUUUCCUCUCCCAGAAAUUUCGAACCAAGACGGCUGCCUGGCGGGUCUUGGUGGGCAUCUGGGUGGCUUCCGCCAUUUUGGCAGUGCCUGUCAUUGUGUACCGGCAAGUGAUUCCUGUGGCAAAAGACAAAGAGAAAUGCGCAGCGAACUACUCCUCCCUGGGCCAUAUAGCUUUCCAUUUGCUGUUUGAGUCCAUCACGGGCUUUGUGCUGCCCUUCCUGGCGAUCGUGGGCAGUUACUCGGACAUCGGUCGGAGGCUGCAGGCCACUCGAUUCCGCCGGAGCCGCCGCACUGGGCGCCUGGUAGUGCUGAUCAUUUUGACCUUUGCCACCUUCUGGCUGCCCUACCACGCCGUGAACCUGGGAGAGGCUGCUAGAGCCCUGGGGGGGUACGGGAUAGGAGAGGGGCCAGCGGGGCAGAGACUGCAGGUAGCUCGCUAUGUUCUUAUUGCCCUAGCCUUCCUCAGUAGCAGCCUGAACCCUUUGCUGUAUGCCUGUGCCGGUGGCGGUCUGCUCCGCUCAGCCGGUGUCGGCUUUGUUGCCAAGCUGCUUGAGGGCACUGGCUCAGAGAUUUCCAGUACCCGGAAAGGGGGCACCCAGGUUCUAUCGCCCCGUGGUAACCCCAACAGUCCUCAGGAACCCGACCCAGCAGAGGGGCUCACUCUCUCCACCAACCCCAUUGACUGAAUGCCCGAGUAGAGCCUGGGGGCUUGGCAGUGAGCCCUUGCUGGGAUCAGCACCCCUUUUCCCAGGGCUGACGGAAGCAGGACGUG